UGAGAAAUGCCGUCUCUGCAAUGAAACUUUUCUGAACUGCGUGCCGUCUACACGAUCUCUAAAUCGUCAUUGGUAUCUAAAUAUUGUCUCUGCAAUCGGCUGAGUCAGUCUACAAACAUAUUUCUAUAAUCUUAACCAUAGACCAUUAUACUGAUGAUAAAGUUGCAAUCUCUCGCAGGCUAACGAAUUCCCCAAAUGUUCUUCAAUAGGCUAUUUUUCCGUGCUGGAAGAGGGUGCAUCUUAUAUGCUGUAAAAUAUAGUAUCUGAUUUAUUGGCAUCCAAUGUGAUGACAGAUAUUGAUUGUUCAGUGUAUUUAAUUAAAAGUACAGUUAAAAUAUUUAUGUAAAUGACAAAACUUUGAGAUUGAUUGUUAUUUCAGUCUACGUAUUACAUGGAGGGAAACUUGGGACAUCCUGUGUUUCAGACACAAUGGGGCAAAAUUGCAAUUAACAUAUGUUACGGUCGUCACCAUCCGCAGAACUGGAUGAUGUAUGGUAUCAACGGCGCAGAAAUCGUUUUCAAUCCUUCCGCCACGGUAGGAAAUUUAAGCGAGCCAUUGUGGCCCAUAGAAGCAAGAAAUGCGGCCGUAGCCAACAGUUAUUUUACGUGCGCCAUCAACAGAGUCGGAACGGAAAUUUUUCCUAGAGAAUUUACGUCGGCAGAUGGAAAGCCCGCUCAUAAAGAUUUUGGAUAUUUUUAUGGAUCCAGCUACAUUACGGCUCCCGAUGGCACGAGAACACCCGGUCUGUCUAGAUUGAAGGAUGGUCUACUGAUUGCUGAAAUGGACUUGAAUCUAUGCCAACAGAUAAAAGAUAAAUGGGGUUUCAGAAUGACUCAACGUCUGGAAUUGUACAGCGACUCACUCUAUGAGGUCGUCCAACCGGAUUACGAACCCUACGUUAUCAGAGAGUGAAUCGUUGGGAGUACAAAGAAACAGAAGUGCCUAAACUGAAAGGACAGUUUCA